AUGAGUACUGCAGAUAUUGCUCGAACCGUUGUUGGUAUCAUUGGGAACAUCAUCUCAGGCUGUAUGUUCUUGUCCCCCGUGCCAACAUUUGUCCAAAUAUGGAAGAAAGGAUCAGUGGAGCAGUACUCGGCAGUGCCAUACUUAGCCACCCUCAUAAACUGCAUGGUUUGGACCCUGUACGGUCUACCCAUGGUGCACCCACACAGCUUGCUUGUAGUGACCAUAAAUGGUGCAGGGUGUGUCAUUGAGAUAAUAUAUAUCACACUCUUCUUGAUUUACUCUGACCGCAGGAAGAGGCUCAAGGUCCUCUUCUGGCUCCUCUUGGAACUUAUUUUCAUCAGCGCUCUAACCUUUGUCUCAUUAACUCUUUUUCACACCACCAAGAAGCGCUCUGCCAUUGUUGGAACUAUAUGCAUGCUCUUCAAUGUUACCAUGUAUGCUUCGCCCUUAGCCGUCAUGAAACUGGUGAUCACGACCAAAAGCGUUGAGUAUAUGCCGUUUUACCUCUCUCUGGCUUCAUUUGGUAAUGGUGUGUCUUGGACCACUUAUGCUUUCAUCCCUUUUGACCCUUUCAUCGCGAUACCAAAUGGGAUUGGGACAAUGUUUUCAGUGGCACAACUAAUUCUCUAUGCAACCUACUAUAAUUCCACGAAGCAGCAGAUAGCAGCAAGAAAAGGGGAAGUGAAUCUAUCAAAGGUGGUGGUUGGUAAUAGUGUCCAAGAACCCACCAAUAACAAGAACAAUAUCCGUUCUGCUUCCAAUGGUCUUUGA